AUGAGACCAGUGCUACCAAUAAUGUCAAACAAGAAGUUCAUCUUCUGCUUUUGCCUCGCAUAUGUUGCGAGAAUCGCGUCGCCGGCGCCGGCCGAGGGAUUCGUGUUCCCCGACGAUCGAAGGGAGAGAAAGUUGGAGCCGAUCAUCACGCCGCCUGUGUUACCCGUGCUGGAGCAUUUGGAGCGUGAUCCCAGUACGUUGUUACCGAACGAAAGGAGUAACAGCCCUCGGACUAACACUGUGAAACCCCGAUUCGGUGGUGGAUUCAACGUGCGCCCUGGUAAUGGAGGACUGACUGCUAGUGUCAGCAGUAGCGGCAGCUUCGGUGGGGCCAGUCAGUCAGCCUCACAGUCUUUCUCGUUUGGAUUCAACAAUGGCUUUAGCGCUUCGCAAUCGGCGAGUCAAGCGGCGUCGUUUGGCGGUUUUGGAAGUUUCAGUGGCAGUCAGGCGAGCAGCCAAGCAGCCUCAUUCGGCGGUUCUGGUUUAUCCGGAGCGGCAUCUUCAUCGUCAGCGCUCUCAGGAGGCUUCGGUGGUCCAACUGGCAGCCAGAGCGCUUCUUCAGCGUUCGGAUUCAAUUCACUCAAUGGAUUCCCUCAUAGCGAUACUGGAUUCAACGAUCCUGUAUUUGAUAUUCGCCACCGGGGAGUGCCCAAUUUUCCCUUCCCGACAUUCACGGGGAGAAGCAAGGGCAUCGGCGCAGCAGCCUUUAAAUCAACGAAGUUCCCCUCCCAAAGAAACGGAGACGAUUUUGUAGCCGUACUCGUUUCAAAUUAA